GGUGGCAGCAAAAAAACAACUACUGCAAUUAUUAUUUAUUUAAUAGCAGGGGCAAUUAGAAUUAAGAUCUAUUAAUUUGAUUAUUGAUGUAAACCUCCAGAAUGUAUUUUUUUUGCAUAGGUAAGUUUUUACCUCUUGUCUUCAGUGCAUUGUGUUUUUUUACUUUAUUGCUACGGCUAGUGGCUGAUGUCGGUCAAAGAUUCUUUUGAUCCUGCGUGCAAUGUGCGCGCAAUAUAAUGUGUGUACUGUAUAUACGCACACGCACGCACGUGUCUGGGGCAGGGGGCGGGAAGAGCGCGAACACAUUUAUAUUGGUACCUCGGUGCUCUGUAUUUUUAAGCACUCUUCGUUAGCGCUGCUUCCGGGGCGUUUAUUAUUUAGCAGGAGUUUGUAUUUGCUGCCGGUUUGUGGUCGGAGAUGCUUGGGCUGCGCCUUCUGUUUUGCGAUGGCCAUUAGAGCCGCGGACAAAUGAAAUCGGGUCGCCAUCGCCUGUAGGUAAUUUUUUUGAAAGGAUGCUAGUGGCAUUGUUCUCAGGAGAAGAGUAAAGUGCAGGAGAGCUUCAGCUCUGUGUGCCAACUUCGCGCAGCUCUUUUCUCAGCCGCAACCUUUAUUUCAUUUUAAAAGUGGGAAGACAAAGGAGGAUUUGAUGUUUUGUGUGGCACCCAAUGGUACAGGAUCCAUCAUGAAUAUAACGAAGGGUGGGCUGGUGCUAUUUUCAGCCAAUUCCAACCCAACGUGCAUGGAACUAUCAAAGAAAAUUGCAGAGCGCCUGGGAGUGGAGAUGGGCAAAGUCCAGGUUUAUCAGGAGCCGAACAGAGAAACGCGGGUACAGAUUCAGGAGUCUGUGAGAGGAAAAGAUGUCUUCAUCAUCCAGACUGUCUCAAAGGAUGUGAAUACGACCAUCAUGGAGCUCCUCAUCAUGGUGUAUGCCUGUAAAACGUCCUGUGCCAAAAGCAUUAUUGGCGUGGUUCCCUACUUCCCAUACAGCAAGCAGUGCAAGAUGAGGAAAAGGGGCUCCAUUGUCUCUAAGCUUCUGGCUUCGAUGAUGUGCAAGGCGGGUCUGACUCACCUCAUCACCAUGGAUUUGCAUCAAAAAGAAAUCCAGGGCUUCUUCAAUGUCCCGGUUGACAACCUGAGAGCAUCUCCAUUUUUGCUACAGUACAUUCAAGAAGAGAUUCCAGACUAUAGAAAUGCUGUGAUCGUUGCCAAAUCUCCUGCAUCUGCAAAGAGGGCUCAGUCGUUUGCAGAGCGCUUGAGACUGGGGAUCGCGGUGAUACACGGGGAGGCUCAAGAUGCAGAGUCCGACCUGGUGGACGGCCGCCAUUCGCCCCCGAUGGCUAAAAGUGCAGCUGCCAUUCACCCUAGUUUAGAGAUACCCAUGUUGAUUCCAAAAGAGAAACCUCCCAUCACAGUUGUCGGAGAUGUGGGCGGAAGGAUAGCCAUCAUCGUGGAUGACAUAAUAGACGACGUAGACAGCUUCCUGGCUGCUGCUGAGACGCUCAAAGAGAGAGGCGCCUACAAGAUUUUUGUCAUGGCCACCCACGGGCUCCUUUCCUCGGAUGCCCCCCGGUUGAUAGAGGAAUCUGCAAUCGACGAGGUUGUGGUCACCAACACAAUUCCUCACGAGAUCCAAAAGCUCCAGUGCCCCAAAAUUAAGACUGUGGACAUCAGCAUGAUCCUUUCGGAGGCCAUCCGCAGAAUCCACAACGGGGAGUCCAUGUCGUACCUUUUCAGGAAUAUAGGCCUGGAUGACUGACUGGUUCCUUGGAAGGCUUGAAGGAGGAGGAGAAGGGGGGAAAAUAUUUUCAGGGGCCAAACUGGACAUCUGCACAGAAAACCGAGCUGUGAAGCAUCGUGGCUUAAACUUCGUCCUUCAGUGGAACCUACUUUGUUUAGUUGCUUUCCUUCCCCAUGGUUUAAAUUUAGUAGAUAAAAUUUCCAGAACUCACCCCCCCCUUUUUUUGCAAAAAGACUUUUACCAAAAAAAGAGAGAACAAAAAUCUAGUCUGUUAGGUUUAGCUGCACCGUUGGUUAAGGACACUGUCCUUUUUGAGAAGUUCUUGAGCCUCCUUGAAAUGCAUUGGGGUGUGUGCAGGAGAGCACCCUGGGUCUCUUGAGGGUUUGGGUGACCGGGGGCCCAGCUGCGUUGUUUUGAAAGAGAAGCCCUUUCUCCCUGGGCAAUGAUUCCCCAGGCGUGGGAUUCUCCUGGUGAGAGACCCGCAGGGCCUGUUCCCAUAGAACAGGUUAUCCUGAGCCUCGUCUGCCUGUAAGCGAAAAAUGUAGCCUUGUGCCCUGUGGGAGUCAGAGGACAAGGAAAUGGCAAUCGUGGGCCGGAACAACAGCAUGUUCAGUCUCCUGGUCAUUUCAAUGAGGUUCACGCAGGAGAACUUCCUGGGAGAUGGAGCUCUAAGGGUACAAAUGCACACACACACACACACAAUCUUGGAGAGAAGGGUCACGACUCCUACUGUUCACAUUCCUUUCCUCUCCAAAUCAGCUUGCUUGCAAGUGCUUUGAAGGGUUAAUUACAUACAAUUCUUUUUAUCCUUUUCUUUUUCUUUUUUAAAAAAGCUACUGCAUCUGACAAGCCAAAAAAAAAAAAAGUUGUACUAUUGUACGCAGUUCAGUGACAUUUUUUGUAGAAGUGCUUUUAUAGGAAAAGCAUAUGGAGUAUGCACUGGUAUUUAUUUUCUGCAAUGAGAAGAAUAAAUGACUUUGUUUUUGUGUGAGCUUCUUAGGAAAUAUUUGUUUGGCGGUUUGCACUUUUUAUCAGCGGAACAAUAUGUGCGUGCCAGUAGCUUCCAGCGUUCCUUCAGUCUCCCCCUCUCCAAAAAAGCUUGUUUCGACGUUUUUGCAAGGCUUUUCCCACCUUGCAAAAGGGCAGCAGUGGGCUUUAUCUCACCUUUUUGGAAUCUUUUUAGCCUUGCUUGCAAACUUCCAUUCCCACACCUCCUAAAAUGCUGUUCAGCUGGGCACUCUGCAGAAACAAACCUUAAACUAGCUCACACAUGAGCGACAUGGACGUGCGAAAUCCCCACCUUGAGAGUGUCAGGUUGGAAUUUGAUAUCUUCAGCUGUCCCUGCGUUGAAUGCAGAACAGGCUUCAAGAACAGCGUUCCAGGGUUAGGCUUUAACGGAAGUUGCUCAUUAAACAAUGCCGCUAGCUAACGAAAAGGCUGACACAUUAACAAAAAAGUGUCAAUGUUUAGGAGGAAGGGCGGACAAGUUGGCCUGUGAGGGGACAGACAUCUGAAGGGAGAAUUGCUUAAAAAUGUCAAGGUGCAAGUUCUGCCCAGCAGGGACCAAGGGGGCGGGGAUGGGAAGAAACUUGAUUCAGUUAACAUUUAAAGGCAAAACCCAACUAAUUCAGUUUUUCUAAAAAUAUUCAAGAACUGAAACAUACCAGCUAUCCUUCAACAUUUUCCCUUCUCUGAAUUUUGCAGCGCAGUUCACCAGUCAAAACUGAAUUGAAUUUAUUACGGUCCCAGGCCAGACUCGCAUACCGUACUAAACAAAUCAGAAACACAAUAAAAUUGGGUUUAAGUUUACAAUCAAUAUAACGAUCAAUACAGUUUUGGCAGCAGUUAAAAUAUGGUUUAAGUCUUAAUCUCUACAAUAUUAUCUAUAAUUUGCUUCUAAGGCCUUAGUCUUUAUAAUAGCACAGCUCGUUCCCUAAGUUUUAUGGCAACCGUGCAAAAUUUGGCCACCUUUAACAUCAUCUCCGGAUCCUUGACCAACCAAAAGGUGCUUAAAAACCCACACAUUCAUGAAUGUAUCCUACAAAAAUGCUAUAUAUCAUGGGAAACUGCUUUGUGUGCAUCUGGGGAAAUAGCAUGCCAAAAUGCAUAUUAGGAGAAAUUUGACCUAGAACGUUGAUGAGUUUCAUGAGGGCUUUUUUUUUUUUUAAGUCACAGAUGUGUUUAAGACUGAGCUUAAGAUUGGACAAAUGAGAAACUGAAACUGAAAACAACAAGAUCCACCCAUCCCUGGUCAGUCAUGGAUGGGUCAAAUACCUUUAGCUGAAUAGUCCUGUUGGUUUGUCUGUGGCUGUGCCCUUAGGUAAAGGUAAAGGGACCCCUGACCAUUAGGUCCAGUCACGAAUGA